UUGCCAUCGAUAGAGGAAGGAAGUAGAGCCUGAGCCUGAGCCGUAACCGAAGCGGAACAACUGGAGCCUGUCUAGUGACAUCCCCACGGACUAAGGACUUGACAAUGCGCUUCAUUAAUUUGGCUGGCAGCCGCAGAGCAGCAGACCCGCUGUCUAAGGACCAGGCACACGAACAGGAACCGGAACAGGGAUUCGCGUCAGCUGCAGCAACAUUGCAUUGAGUGGGGGACACAGACGUAGCCGUAGCCGUAGCCGUAGCCGUAGCCAUGGUGGAGGAUAACGAGGAUGGGCUGUCGCAGCUGGCGCUGCCGGAAGCGGAAGCUGAAGCCGAAGGAGCCGCCGCCUCGGCCAUCGUCGAGCCCCUGCUGGCCCUGCUACGUGGCGACUUUCUCAAUCAGACGCAGACACAGACACAGACCCGAGCCCCAGCCAGCUUCUACAGCAGCUACAACAUAUCGGAGGACGUUUACUUCUACUUCAACGGUCUGAGUGCGAUGCCCACGAGCACGGAGCUGGCCCUCAACGGCAGUGUGGCCACCACAACUAUGGGGCCGCUCAGCAGCACCAUCAGCAGCAGCAGCACCACCCCCGAGCCGGAUCUGUCCGAGUUCCUGGAGGCGUUGCCCAACGAUCGCGUGGGCCUGCUGGCCUUCCUCUUUCUGUUCUCGUUCGCCACCGUUUUUGGCAAUUCCCUGGUCAUUUUGGCCGUCAUCCGAGAGCGGUAUCUGCACACGGCCACCAACUACUUCAUCACCAGCCUGGCCGUCGCCGAUUGCCUGGUGGGCCUGGUGGUCAUGCCCUUCUCGGCCCUGUACGAGGUGCUGGAGAACACGUGGUUCUUUGGCACCGACUGGUGCGACAUCUGGCGCUCCCUGGACGUCCUCUUCAGCACCGCCUCGAUCCUGAAUCUGUGCGUGAUAUCGCUCGAUCGCUACUGGGCCAUCACCGAUCCCUUCAGCUAUCCCAUGCGGAUGACUGUGAAGCGAGCCGCCGGCCUGAUAGCCGCCGUCUGGAUCUGCUCGAGUGCCAUCAGCUUUCCGGCCAUCGUCUGGUGGCGGGCGGCGCGUGACGGCGAGAUGCCCGCCUACAAGUGCACCUUCACCGAGCACCUGGGCUACUUGGUCUUCUCCUCGACGAUCUCCUUCUACCUGCCGCUGCUGGUGAUGGUCUUCACCUACUGCCGGAUCUACCGGGCGGCGGUGAUUCAGACGCGCUCCCUCAAGAUCGGCACCAAGCAGGUGCUGAUGGCCUCCGGGGAGCUGCAGCUCACGUUGCGCAUCCAUCGCGGCGGCACCACCAGGGAUCAGGCCAACCAGGUGUCGGGUGGGGGCGGUGGUGGCGGUGGCGGUGGCGGUGGCGGAGGCGGAUCCCUGAGCCACUCGCACUCGCAUUCGCACCACCAUCACCACAACCAUGGCGGUGGCACCACCACAUCCACGCCAGAGGAGCCCGACGACGAGCCGCUAUCGGCGCUGCACAACAACGGACUGGCCCGCCACCGGCACAUGGGCAAGAACUUCUCGCUCUCCCGGAAGCUGGCCAAGUUCGCCAAGGAGAAGAAGGCGGCCAAGACGCUGGGCAUCGUGAUGGGCGUGUUCAUCGUGUGCUGGCUGCCGUUCUUCGUGGUCAACCUGUUGUCCGGAUUCUGCAUGGAGUGCAUCGAGCACGAGGAGAUUGUGUCGGCGAUUGUCACCUGGCUGGGCUGGAUCAACUCGUGCAUGAAUCCCGUCAUCUACGCCUGCUGGAGCAGGGACUUUCGCAGGGCCUUUGUGCGUCUGCUGUGCAUGUGCUGUCCCCGCAAGAUCCGCCGGAAGUAUCAGCCCACAAUGCGGUCCAAGUCGCAGUGCCACGUGGCCGCUGCAAUGGUGGCAGCCUCGACCUCCUUUGGCUACCACUCGGUGAACCAGCUGGACCGCACGCUCAUGUGACGUCAGCUGAGCAGUUGCAGCACCUGCAGCGGUGGCAGCAACUGCGGCGGCGGCGGCGGCGGAGGCGCCAACGUCGGCGGAGUGGGAGGCGGCUCGCGCAGUGGCCAUCACCACCAUCACUCCUCGGGCACGGCCACGCCCUCCUCCUCGCAGCGAUCGUGCACCCGCUGCCAGAGCUUCCAUCGUCACCACCACCGGGACCGGCGCCGCAGCUCCGGGAUGAAGCACCGCGGGGACUUCAACUCCACGUCGGCGGUGAACAGUGCGGCCAAGACGAUAGUGACGAUCACCGCACCGCCGGCGGCAGCGGCCUCUGCCAGCUCGCUGCACCUGGGCGGCGGUGCACGGCCCUCGUCGGUCUCCACUUUGACCAUUGCCUCGGUGCCGGCCACUCUGCUGCUGGAGCCGGCUCUCGGCCUCGGAGGCGGGGGCGGGGGGUCGGUGAGUGCGGCCAACACACCUGUGGCACCCAGCCUGAAGCACUCCAGCCUGGCGUUGACGCCGGGCAGCAUGGGGCCGUCGAACUCCUCGGGUCACCACGUAUCCUUCAUGCCCAUGGCGGGCAUGAGGCGUCUGCGCAGCUCCAACUCCUCGCUGAGCUCGCCCACGGCCCCAGCUCUUGGCGGUGUGGACACCAUCUCGGCCAUUUCGCUCACUGAUGCCGCCGAGGAGCACCGCGAGCACCACCACCACCACCACAGAGUCCUGGAGCAGCGCCAGAGUGUGCAGAGCCAGAUCACGACACUGGGCGAUGUGGACGAUGAAGGGGACAGCGACAGUGACAGUGAGAGCAUCGGACUGGCCCUGGUGCAGACGACACCGCAACUGGAAUGCCGGCCGGAGACGGAGGCUGCCUCCAGUUCCUCCAGCUCCUCGGUCAAGUAAACUCAGCCAGAGAACCACGGAAUUUGAUUGGGACCCCAAUCAGCAGCAUACUAGCCCUAAGAUCUCUCCAUUGAUGUGUGUAUAUACUCGUACUAUAGCGAUCUAGCCUUCGCCUAGUCUCUCAUUAGCUUAUCGAUUGGUGAUAGAACACUAUGCAACAGAAUAUCUGAUUUGAUUAUCCUUCUAUACUUUGCAAUGAUGCGAUGACCGGUGGGUGGGUUGCAUAGUUGUUUAAUGUAAAUUAGUUGUUACAAUUAGUUGCCAUAUCUUAGAUCUUCCAUUAUAUAGAUGUUACCCCCUAGAGUAAAAUAUUUCGUUGUUCCGUAAAUGUUUCAAGCGUCUUAGCCAUUGCAAGCUACGUCUUCAAACCUGUCCACGUACCUGACUCUCUUUCAGACACAAACCAAGUACUAUACUCGAUGAUAUACUAUACUUACUAUACUCUACGCGAAACCUACUGUAAAUAGCAACAGGUCCACUCUUUGCCUAUUCCUCUCUCUAGAUUUAAACCUACUUCUGUCCCAACUGGUACAAAUAUAAACAUUACGGGUGCAAUAUGAAUUUAUCCAAGGACUGCUAAGGACUCGAACAAUCAGCAAACAGCAGGCCUCAGACUGCUACCCAGCAGUACCAUUCAAGGCAUUCCCUACUCACAUUUCGGUUGUCAGUGUCCAAGUACAAAACUUUGAAGGCCCUUUGUUCCCUUUGCUUUGUACUUUGAACUCCUCGCGAGGACAGCGGGUAUACAAUAGAGUGAAUGUUAAGUGUGCUUCAGAUAUGCAGGGUUUACUUAUUAAUUGAGAUGUAAUCCAUCAAAGGGUUCCUCUAUGAGUGAGUGCUUAUCCGAUUUCGAUUUUGCAAUAAUUAAUGUGUGCAAUUAGGAUUGAUUUUCCCGCUCCACCAAAUUCAAGGAGCGAGUGGAGUGGAAUGUCGGGGAAAAACUAAUAGAAAUGGCGAUGCGUCAUUUUAGCGGAUGGAUGGGUCGGGUCGAACGGGAACAGAACAGAAUAGAACAGAACAAAUCAUCAUCUCGGGACGAGAGAAUAGAAAAAUGUUGCUCAUUGUUUUCAAAACAAACAAAGCGGAAUGGAAAAUGAAGGCAAAUAAAAAAAAAAAAAAAGCAAAGCAGUGCAGAGGAGCAACAAAAGGAAAAAACUAUAACAAAUGGCAAUUAUUAAUAUUGAAUAUGUAUAGC